AUGACACAUCAAUGGUGGUUUGCCUCCACGGCGAGUCCCCUCAUAGCAGGAACAUUCGGCCCCAUCGCCAACGGCUUCUCCAUCUGCGCCCUCGUUGAAAAGUGGAGAGUAUACAUCCCGCCGGGAAGCGACGAGGGACACGGCUCGAAGAUUACGGAUCCGAAAUGGCUUAUCGCGGUCAAUUCAGUUUCGCUCGUCUUCGCCUUGAGCGCCAACAUCAGUUUGCUGCUCAACAUGUCAAGGAGACUGACGUUUGAGAUUGCGCAACCUAUCACUAUCAUCGGCUUCUAUCUUGCUGGUUUCCUUUUGAUGGCGCUCGUGGGGGUCGCUUCGUCAUCUGUGUUCCGGAUUCAGCCUAUGGAAGAACAUGCUCUCAGCCAAGCGUAUUACUACGCUAUCAUCGCUGCGGGUAUCUACUUCAUCAUUGCUUCGCUUAUGGCUUUUACUGCUUUCGGAGCGUGGAAGGGACAUUACGCUAGAGACUUCCGGCUGACGGCCAGUCAGAGGACGCUGAUGCUGCAGACAAUCGCCUUUAUGGUCUACCUGCUUAUCGGCGCUCUGAUAUUCUCAUACGUCGAAGGCUGGAUGUUCCUGGAUGCCGUGUUCUGGGCCAACUUUACCCUUCUCACAAUAGGUUUCGGCGGGGAGUUUGUGCCUAAAACGCAUACUGGUCGCUCACUCCUCAUUCCAUAUGCAAUUGGUGGCCUAGUCACAGUUGGUUUGGUCAUUGGUUCUAUUCGAUCUCUUAUUCUAGAGCAUGGAAAGCAAAAGAUGGCUGCUCGCUUUAUGGAAGUCAAAAGACAAAAGGUUCUCAAGUCUAUCGAUGGCGACACGCAGACGAUACGCAUCUCACUGUGGGAAAAGGUCGAGUUCUCCUCGAAAGGUUUGACAGAAGCACAGAGACGAGAGCAAGAGUUCCACAUCAUGCGCCGCGUGCAAACACUAUCCGAGCGCAAGAGGCGAUACACCGCGUUAGCUCUAUCAACCACAGCAGCGAUGCUUCUAUGGUUCCUAGGCGCUCUAGUAUUCAUGUACUCCGAAAAGCCGCAAGGAUUCAGCUAUUUCGUCGCCCUCUACUACGCCUACGUCUCGCUCCUAACGAUUGGUUACGGAGACUACGUCGUCGAAAGCAAUGCCGGAAAAGCCUUCAUGGUCUUCUGGAGUCUACUGGCCGUCCCCACACUAACCAUUCUUAUCUCCAACAUGGGCGACACAGUCAUCAAAGCCUUCAAAGACUUCACCAUCUGGCUCGGCUCCCUCACCGUCCUACCAGAUGAGGAAGGGCUCAGCGCCGCGCUCAAAGUGGGAUGGACGCGCAUCAGAUCCGGCAAGAUAGGCGAAGAAGAAAAGACAAGCUCCGCCAGUCCUACCGAACACCGCAUUGAGGACCGGCUGGCAGCAUACAUAGAAGAAGAAGAGCUAGGCAAAACGGAAGAGGUCGGCGAACACGGCGACUAUCUCGAACGCGACAUCCGCUUCUACCACUUCGUCCUCGCAAAAGAAGUCCGCAAACUGAUGAAAGACGUCGAAAGCUCAUCGUCAAAACAAUACGAGUACCACGAAUGGCAGUACUACCUGCGUCUAAUCGGCCAGGACGAAAACGAUCCUUCGCACCACCGCCAGCCCAAAGCCAACACUCCACACAAGCACGAUGAUGGCGAAGCUCCUGAUAUCGGCUCUGCGGACGAUGGGAAGAAGCGUGCUUGGAGUUGGCUGGGGAUAAGGAGUCCGCUCAUGGGCAAUCAGUCCGAACCCCAAUGGCUACUGCAGCGUUUAGCGAUGAAGUUGGAAUCCGAGAUGCGCAAAAUGAGUUCGUCUGACCAGAAGGUGAGGAAGGCGAAACCACCCAUCUCCAUGGCAGAAUUGAGAAAGCGCAAAGGUAGUGGGAAGGCGUCUGAAGAAACGCAGACAGGGACGUUGCAGGAGGAUGUCGAGGCUACGGCGGUUGGUCAGCGUGAUGUCAAAAGUGGUUGA